AUGGCCGACACUGCCGCUUCAUCCUCCGCCCCGCUCCCGUCGAGACGCCUCCUCGGCAAGAGCGUGAUCGUCACCGGCGCGGGGGGCGCCAUCGGCGUCGAGACGUCGGGCCGCCUGCUGCUCGAGGGCGCGAACCUCGUGUUGGUCGACAUCAGCGCUGCGGCGCUCGAGGCCGCCGUGGCGAAACUCGCGCCGUUCCUCGCCCCGGACGAGCCCGCGGACACGCGCAUCCUGAGCGUCAGCGCGGACGUCGCGUCGGAGGCGGCCGUCGCGGACUUCACCGCGCAGACGGUCGCGAAGUUCGGGCGCGUCGACUGCGCGUUCCUCAACGCGGGCAUCAACGAUCCCGCGACGAGCAUCUUCGACACGACCGAGGCGCGCUUCGAGAAGAUCAUGCGCGUGAACGUCACGUCGGCGUUCCUGGGCAUCAAACACAUCGGCAAGGCGAUGAAGGAGGCCGGCGCGGGCGGCAGCAUCGUCCUCACCUCGUCGAUCGCGGGGCUGCGCGGCACGCCCGGGAUGACGCCGUACUCGGCGUCCAAGUUCGCGGUGCGCGGGCUCGCGCUCACCGCCGCAGGCGAGCUCGGUCCGUUUGGCAUCCGCGUCAACACGAUCCACCCGAGCGGGGUCAACACGCCGAUGUUCCAGAACUCGUGGAGCCCCGAGAAGAUGGCGGAGCUGAAGAAGGCGAUGCCGCUGGGCCGGUUCGCGGAGACGCACGACAUCCCUGGCGUUGUGUGCUUCCUGUUCGGGGACGACUCGAAAUUCAUGACCGGCGGGUUCCUCAAGAUCGAUGGAGGAUGUGUUAGCUUCUAG